UGAAGAAAUUAUACUGUGAGUUUGUAAUGAACCAAAAACCAAAUUAUUUUGAUAUUAAGUCAUUCCAGGGUGUUGGUCGUGGAAUGCCACAGCAUAGAUUAGGGGCACGGAGUAAUAAUCCCCUACCGGAUCCACCCAUAGUUCCACUUGUUGCUCCAUCGAUUCCUGCAGAUGUCCAAAAUACAUCAUUCAUUUCGACAUUAGAUGCUUUGACUUCCCUCACAGGGAACCUGAGUGAGCAAGCUGCUCACAUGGCAUCUGCUCCUCGAUGGAUGCCACAUAUGUGUUCGAGUUGUCAUGAGACGUGUUUAGGUCCUACUACUGCUGCAGGAUCUACUUCAGUUCCAGAUGAGCAUGAUGCAGCAGAUGAUAGUAUGAUGACAUCUUAUAUGGAUUUUCUUUGCUCGGAUGUUCAUCUUGACCAGAUAAGGACUACGCCUAAUAUUAGAGUUAAUAUUGCAUCUACUGGAAGACAACUCGGCACACCUUAUGGGGAUUCAGGUCAUGAGGGACCCUCUACAUCACAUCAAGAAGAGGGUCUGACUAUUGUGACACCAUCUAUGGUGGACACUACCAUUAGGAUAGGUUAUCCUCAUAAUUUUGAUCAGAGCCAAUUUGAACGCACAUCGACAUCCUUUGAGGGCCGAACGAAGAAGAAUGGCGGCCAUGGAGGAGUGGACAUGGGGGGUGGGGGUCUCCCCACAAGGACGCAGCCCGCAGCUCGGUAG